AUGGCUGACUCCGAUGACGAGCGAAGAAAGGUAAACUGUGUUGGAUUUGCAGGUUUUUAAUCUCUUUUUAAAGUCUUAGAAGCACUUUUUACUGGCUCCAGUUAUUAUUAUGUCGUUUUGAAGCACUUUAAUUAAGAAACAGUGAUCUGAACGUUCAAUAAUGUUGUCUUAUGUUGGACAAUUUUUUUGCGAGGUAUCGGGUUUCGUUGUCCUUGGAUACAAGGAAUUAUUGUCGCGUAUACACUCCUUUUGCAGUCCAGUUCAUAUUUUGAAGUAUUAGUGUAGUAAUUUAAACACCUUUUGAGUGAAGGAAAGGUACCAUCUUAAAAAAAAAAUCGAUAAUUUUUCUUCCUUUGCAAAAAUACCAACGUUAAGUACAUGUUGAUUGACUAGAUCACGUUGGCGCUUUUGCGGUAAUUCAAAAUUUAAAGGACAGGUGCAUUGAAUAACUUGCUUAAUGCUUUAUCGUUUGCACCGAAUUCUGGAACAAAAGUCUAAGAUUAAUUACCAAGUAGAAAUGAGAUAGACCGAGUAGAGACAAAACAUUUAACGAAAAGUGAUAUGAGAACUUCCCAUUUUUCCAGAUCAAUUCCUUCUGUGAAAACACAUUUACGUAAUUUACAGGUUUUAAAUCAGUACCUUUGUGAUUUUCUCUGUUGUGAAGAGAGGUUUCAGGUAGAAAAAAUGAGAAAAAAUGAAUUGCAAGACUGUCCGUGUUGUUAACAUUGCUGUGUACUUAAAAGUGAAAUUUAUGGAAAUAUCCCAAUUAAACAGUUGUAAAAUCAGCAUGACCCUGUCCCAUGUUUAUGGCCCUUUCCGUUUUGCUUGACCAACUGUUCAAUGUGAGCAACAAACACACACAAAGUUGUUUUAAAGUUUUGUUUGGGUUACACUUCAGAAUAGCUGGCCACUGAAAUAUUCCUCAACAAAUCCUGCUAUAACAGUCCACAGUCACGAACAGUGGAUCAGUUCUGCUACCACAGUAGCACUUGUAAUCAUCACUUGUCUAAUUCACAAUCAGAGACUGUACACUGUAGUAGCAGGUGAUUUCAAAACUUAAAAAGUAACUUAAGCCCAGGACGGGACCAUGGACCAGGGUUUUUCGGUAAAGCACCUAAGUUGCUCGGUAUUCUCAAGUUGCUUCUUUAUGAUACUACAUUGAGUGAUGAAUUUUUUCUCUCUAGCUUGUUGUUAACCAACCCUAUGAUGAAGCUCUUGAAGUAAACGACGAAGAGGACGUUGCCAGCACAUUUACCCCUAGUCCAAGACCUCCUGGACCUAAAACCGUUGGAGGUUACAAUCCAGGUAGAAGGAUGGUGUACUUGUAGGAUGUUGCUUCGCUGUUAAAAGAACUUUGCUUACUGAUACUUUGUCCUGACCUUUUUCUUGUUAACUUUUUUGGAUGUUUUAGUUUAUAAUAUGAUUGCUUGCAUUAAAUAUUAUCAUUUUUUUAAUGUGUGGCACCUGUAUAAGUACAUAAUUUUGAUUAAAAAUUUUUGCAUGUUUAUAGCGAUUGGAUCCAUCUCCAUGAAUGACCAAAGUGACGAUGAGUUUGAUCAUGACGACUUAGUAGAAAGCAAGGUUAGUAUAAUCUGGCGUCAGGGUAAAAAUCCCAUGCUGCCUCAUUCCAUUUUUCCUAUAUCCCUGGACUGUGGUACGUGUGGGAUACUAUUCAGCUUUAUUUCAGCCUCUUGUUGUCCGCAUGGGGUAAAGUAUUAAAUUAUGUUGGAAUGAUGUAGUACCGGUAGUAAAUUUUGUUUUUCUGUACAUGAGCCUUAGGCUUUCCUAAAACUCUAGCAAGCGUGACUCGUAUGAACACUUUACAAACCUGUCCAUCAGUACAAGACAUGAACAUAAUGUUUAUUGCAUGUAUUCACACAUUAUCUUCCUUUACACUUGUAUCUGUAGGAUGCCCCUGGAGGUUAUGCCCGGCCACAAGAACCAGGGGGCAAAGAACGACCUGGGAGACCAACUGGCCAAGAAGUGCUGAGCAAACAAACGAAUGAUGAUGAUGACGAUGAUGAAGGAGAUGAUCAGAGUGACAGCACAGAGGAUGACGAUGAUGAUGAAGAUACCCAUGGAACUGCUCUAGAGGGGUACAGCAUUUUUUAGUGAAUCAGUCUACCACCAUUUUAUGAUCUUGAUUAUUUCUAACAUACAUACAAGCUUCUCUUAGCAGACACCCACGCGGACACCUUCCCAUUUGUUCACAAAGACGCAAAGCCCUACACAAUUUUUACCUCUAGUUAACUGACACCUCUGUAAUGCAGACACCUAACACUUUACUGUUAUUACAGGAAGGAUUGAUUGUGUGGUUAAUUGCAACCAGUACAGGUUUCUAUACAUGAAAUUCAUUGUUUUAUUCUUUCAGGGCCUAUGAUCCAGCUGAUUAUGAACACCUUCAUGUCAGCCAAGAAAUUAAAGAGCUUUUCCAGUACAUUACGAGGUACGUAGUUAUUAAUUUUUCUUUGAAGGCUCAACAGUAGGAAGCAGGGUCCCUGAAAACAGUGGAAAAGUUAACUGGAACCUCCCUUGACAUAAUUAUACAGAGGAGGCUCUUGCAAUAGUUCUUUGCUGUUCCAGUGAUUUCUAUGUGGAUGAUAAUAAUAUUUGCAUCAUCUUUGUUCUUGUAUAACUCCUAAGGUAUACACCUCAAACAAUUGAUUUGGAGCACAAGCUAAAGCCAUUUAAUCCAGAUUUUAUUCCUGCAGUCGGAGAUAUUGAUGCAUUCUUGAAGGUAUUAGUUAUUUUCAUAUGGUAGAAUUGAAGAAGUUAAAAUCUAAUUUUUUUAGUGUUUACAUACAUGUAGUACAUUAAAAAGAUAUUAUCAUUAUUGUUAAUUAUUAUUAUUAUUAUCAUUAUUUUUAUAAACUCAAAUGUUUUUUCUUAUUAAUUUUUUUGUAUAGCUCUUUGAACUGAAUCUGUGAAUCGGCUCACUUACCAUGUUUCAGCUAAUUUUCGUGGGGACAUUGAUUGACCAAUUAUUUUGUUAUCAUUGCCUAACCUUCAUUCAUCAGUUGAUACAAGAUCCCAUUUGGAAAAUACCACACUCAGAAACCCUACAUUGAAUUUUCCCACAAAAAUGAGAUACCAAUGAUAUAUCCUCCAUCUUAACAUCAGCACUGCACUGAUGAGGCCCAGAAGGCCAAAACAGUACUGUCUGUAGUUAGUUAUAUUAUAUAAAGUAUAUAUCUUAUGAUGGUGUUUUGCUCACUUUGUCAGGUAACUCGUCCAGAUGGUAAACCUGAGACGUUAGGAUUGGUUGUACUGGAUGAACCCAUUGCAAAGCAAUCAGAUCCCACAGGUACUGUGAGAAAGCAGAAAGCUAUUUGAAUGCAUUCACAAUGACGUCACUUACAAAGCAAACUCAAACCCUAUUGGCAUUAUCUAAACCCAAGAAGUACUCACUCUUGAAAAAUUCUCCUUUAUUUCAGGGGUGCAAUGAAAGUCAGUUUUAGCAUAUAAUAGCCCAAAAAAGAAAUUUAUUUAAUUCGACAAGCAGUAUUGAGAAUUAAUUGCUAUUUGUCAGUUAUUUUAUUGCCAGCUUUAUUGAUUCAUUGUAAUAAUGGUAGUAAUAACUUUACUUCAUCUGAUGAGCUUGAAAAAAAGCUUCAAACCACAUGAAUUUAUUACAAAUUUAAGCAAUUUGUUGUAUUUUACUUCUGUAAUAUGUGAUUUCCAAUAGCCUAGUCACAAAAUCCAAUAAGUAGCCCAACGCUAUCAGACACGCACAGCGUCACCUCCCAUGCAGGCACUUUAUCCCCUCGUGUGAGUAAGAGGGAAAUACAACUCUACACAAGGUGCCUUAGACUAGCUGCAGAAUGUGCACUGGUUAUAAUAAUAAACUAGAUAGUGCAGCACUUUUUUGCAUGUUAAAAGUGGUUACUCUUAACCCUUUAAGUCCCAAUAGUGCUCAAGAUUAGUUUUCUCCUAACGAUAUCCAUAGACUAUCAUGAGCAAAGUCUAUGAGAAUUAACAAAAUGAUCACAAAGAGAAAAAUAUUUGAUCUUUUACCAAAUUCUCUCAAAUAAUUCUUCAAGGAAAUGUAUGGAGACCAGUUUGGAGAAUUUGUAUGUGGAUAUUGGGACUUAAAGGGUUAAAUGUAUAAUAAUACCUCUUUCCUUUCAGUUCUGGAUCUGACGAUCAGAACCAUCUCAAAGCAGACAAAUGUGAAAGCUAUGGUAUGAAAAUGAACAUUAAAUAACUAUUAUUGAAUGAUUUUUUAAAAGGAAUUAAGUUAUUGAACUCAUGAAAAUAAUUUCUUAAUUUCAUUAUCAUAUAUGUACAAAAUGUAUAUCUGCUCACAUUAUAGACAGUACGUAGCAUUGAAGACCCAGAAAAGAACCCUAAAGCUGUGGACAACUGGAUUGACAGUAUCAGGUGUGAUCAUAAAUAUAUGUAAAUUAUACUAAUCUACCGUAAAAUUCCUAAAAUAGGCCUCGGGGCUUAUAUUUUUCAAAGACUCUUUUUGAGGGGCUUAUUUCUGGAGGGGCUUAUACUCGGAGGGGCUUAUCUGUAGAGGGAAAUUUGUGUUUCAAAAUCAAUAUUGGGCUAGCCUUAUAGUUGGAAGUAAAUUUACCGUUUUUGCUUUGUUUUAUUUGUAUUUGAGGGCAAUUUUCCAAGUACAAGCCCCCGGGGGCUUAUAUUUGGAGGGACCAUUUAAUAUCUAGGGUUUUUUGCGUUACCGGAUUGGGGGGCUUAUAUUUGGAGAGGCUUAUUACGGUAUCCCUUAAAUUGAUUACCAUAUGAAACAGUAGUGGUCAAUCCUAUUAUAUUAUUAUCUUAUGUUAUGUUAUGUUAUAGUUAAAACUUGCAUGAUUUGUAAAAUUGUAAGACCUAUAUUUUAAUGAAAUAAUGUAAUGGAUGUUAUUACAAAUGAGAAUUAUGAUAUAUUUCACAGGUGACACAUAACCAUUGUAGUUUAUGCACUGUUUAUUAAUUUUUGGCUUGUUUGCAGAGAACUUCAUCGGCAAAAACCUGCUCCUACAGUUCAUUAUCAGAGGUGAGGACUUCUAAAAGCAGAGAUUUUGUUUAAGAUUACUUUUAUUUUGCAGUUAAUUUUACAGGACUUAAAUAAAAUAAUACUGGGCUUAAAAGGUCUUUAAGUAAAUGGAAUUGUGCAUGGUAUGUGGUGGUUAAAGAUUAACUUCUUUCAGCCUGGGUGAAACACAUCUGCAUUUUUCACAAGCUAGUCUCCAGGACUACCACUGGAUUUCUGCAUUUUAAAGGAGACUCGCUGUCUUUGAAAACUUGGCAGCUCAGAUACAUGUACAUGUACAGGAAUGUGUGUAUAGUCUUGAACAAGUGCAUGCUGACAGAGCACUUCACAUCUGUAGUAUCCUCCAGUAGUCCUAGACUUUAAAAAAGUCUUUACUCCUAUUGAAUAUCAUGGCCUUGCUUGGCUGCCUCGUGGCCCAAAAAGCUCUUUCCACUCACUUUGCAGCUUUUCUGCUUCAAAAAUUCUUUUUGUGCUUUGAUCCACUUUAAAAAGUAAGGGAAGAGUAAAUGCAAAUCAAUUUAGCUAAUAACUUCAGCAAGGUUACUAAAUGAAAUGUAUGCCCAUAAUAGGGCUUUAUAGACAUGGUUUUUUCUUUCUCAUUUUAACAGAAACAUGCCAGAUAUUGAAUUUCUUAUGCAGGAGUGGCCAGCAGAAUUUGAAGAACUUUUGAAUCAGGUAGUUACUAGUAGCUUCAUCCUUCAGAGUGAGAUUUCCUUGCAAUCUGCUGGCAAAAAUUGACUUUGUGCAGAAGAAACAUGAUCCAAUUCCCAUCCAGGGUUAAAAGCUUUACUGAAGUUCUUUUCAUCUAUAAUAGGUUGGGCUUCCAACAGCUGAUCUGGAUGUUGAGUUAAAUCAGUAUGUUGACUUGGUCUGUGGUAAGUUGUAAUCAUGCAUUUGAGGGGUACUAGGGAUUAGGGGAACCUUAGUCUAGCUAUCACAAAUUACCAAUAUGAAACUACUUGUAUCAUUUACCCAGACCAGGGCCAUUGGAGAAGGGGAACACUCCCCUAUGUAAUGGCCAGUGCCAUAGGGUAUGUUUUUUAUUUUACUCAUGAAGGUAUCACCUUAAAUUAGUCACAAAUGACAUCAUAUUAUUGGAAUAUGGUCUCUUUUAUAGUUCAUAAUAAACCUUACCUACACCCAGAUUGGUGACUCUCUUUUAGGGCUUAACUCUAAUGUUAUUUUUGGACAACCAUUCCCAUCAUUUUCAUAGGAGAGUUCCCCCAGAUCUGAACUGGGUUAUAGAUUUUAACCAUUUUAAACUGAAAUAAGGCAAGCCUUAGUGCUCUCUGGAACCAGGGUCUGUAAUUCAGUAUACAUAUUGAAAACAGCAGCUUAGGUCUGAAGUAGGGUAGGGAAAGGCAGAUGCGUUGGUCUGAAAUGGGGUAAGGGUUUUAUCGAGUAUUCUCACCUCAAAGGUGGCAUGGGUGGCUAAAAACAUCUACCUUAUUCUCCUUAAUUUUUGCAGGUUCUUAAAUUCGCGAUUUUCGCGAUUUAAAAAAAUUCGCGAACUUAAAGACCCGCGAAAAAUAACGACCGCGAACUUUGAUUUCUCUAAAUUUAAUGGACAUAGAAAAAUCAUGUAUGUGUGUUUUCAAGGAAACUAAACAAUUUUUAACACAAAGUGUUAUUGCAAAGAGCUGUCAUCUAUCAACUUUAGAUGUUAAUCAGUGUCACGAUUCGCCUCAAGUUCUUCUUCGGCAUCUGAGUAAUCAUCUUCGCACAGUUCCUCCAACAAAUCCUUUGUAGAGUCGUCAAAUUGACCAUCCUGUCCCGGCUCUUUGUAGUGUGUAGUUACGAGUGUCUUAUAUCUUUCCAUUUUUGCCCUGUUCCUUGGUGUAUCAUCCAUUUCACAUAUCUCCUCAACAGGAAUUUCCAGACCUCCCUGAAUCAAUGGGGAUCGACGGUAGUUUUCAUCAGUAACUUUAAGAUGAACCAUCCCACCUCUCAAUAAGAAAAAGCGAGUAGCUCUAGAAAUCUCUCUGGGCAAAUGGCCUAUAAUCGAAUCGGCCAGGCGACCACGGAGCCGUUUGUUAGCUGCAAUUUAGUAUCGUAGAUAUCGUUUCCUUCGUGAGAACAUCUCAAAAGCUCCCCGACGAUGGGCUUCCAAAUUUCUUUGUAAACAUGGAAUCCACGAAAGCCACACAAAAAUGAAUUGGCCAUGUUAAAGCCUGCACCACCGUUGAUUAACGUACAAUUUUUGUAAAAAAGAAAAAGUAAAGUCACUUAAUCGUCAAUUUCGCGAAAUUAAAUUCCCUGCAAACACAAUUUUUCUCCGCGAUCGCGAAAUUAAAGACUCGCGAAAUGUGCCGAGAAAAUUUUCGUGAAAUUUAAGCCCCGCGAAAAUAAAGGAGAAUAAGGUAAGUCUUAGCACGUGUUGGUGAUAUGAAAAACUUGAAUCAACUGUCCAAGUAAAAUAAUUAAACAUUAAGUCAACAUUAUUAAAUAGAUGUAUAAAUUAGCAAGGCAAUGUCAUUCAUUUUAAGAAACAUAAAGACUAACAUCUCGUAUGAAUUAUUUCAGAUAAGAAGCCAGUAGACAAAGAUUAAUGUUCAACUGAAUUGUUUCUCAUUUAAAUUCUUUUUGACAGGUAUCCUCGACAUCCCUGUACAUAGCAACAGAAUCCACGCACUUCAUGUGCUGUUCACACUAUUCUCAGAAUUCAAGAACUCACAGGUAUCAUAAUAAUCCAUAAAUUUUAAGGACAGUCAAGCCUUACUUUUCUAUGACUUCAGAUUCACGUUUAUUUAUUUUGUUUUGUAUCUUUUUUCCCUUCACCAGCAUUUUAAUCAACUUGCCAAAGACAACCAACUGUCAAAUGACCUGCAACUGGAUGGUGGCAAUGACGAUCUUAAUAUUGGGGGUGUGGCGGCUGCUACAGAGCACAUGACUCUUAGUGGUGGAGAGGCACAGACAAUGAGCUUUGAUGACUAA